CCUUACCGCCUCCACGGCGUGCUGCAGGAUGGAGGUGAACUUGGAGAACAUCCUGUCCCGCGACUGCAGCAGCCGCUGCCGGGAGGACCGCGAGAGCUCCUCGAUGCGCCGCCGCCGCCGCUCCAGGAGAGAAAGAGACAAAGAUGGCUUUAUUUCACCUCCAAACCAAAUACUUCAAAGAGAACGGUCAUCCCUGCCAUUUUCCAGUGCCAUGCAAAAAGGAGAGAUAAGCUUCCUUCCACAUUCCCUAGAUAUUGGCAGGAUCUCAGACAGCAACUACAGGAGCUGAUUCAGCUGUCCACAUGCAGAUUGCCUGACUGGUACUUGUGGCUAAUGAAGACGUGGCCUCCAGAACUG